AUGGAGGCUCCCAUCGCUGCCGCGGGUACGUGCCGGCAGCCCCGUCGUUCGCCUUGCCUUGCGAGCGAGGCUCAGGAGGGUGGGAGAAAUCCGGUGCCACCAGCAUCGUCACCUCCAGGGCUCUGCGGUGGCGCUUCCCGAGCGGCCCAGCCGGGGCUCGGAGCGGUGCGGCGGCUCCGGCACCGCUGCCUCCUCCUCGAUGCCCGCGGGCUGGCGCGGGUGGCGGGGCGGUUCGGCAGCAUCGCGGGGGACCGCGGCGAGAUCGGCCUGGAGCAGUUCAAGGCCGCUCUCGAGGUGAAGGAGGCGUUCUUCGCCGAGCGGCUCUUCGCGCUGAUCGACGCGGACGGGAGCGGGACCCUCAGCCUGGAGGAGCUGCUGAAGGCCCUGGGCACGCUCGCGCGCGGCAGCGAGACGGACAAGCUGCGGUUCCUCUUCCAGCUUUACGACGUGGACGGCAGCGGCUCCGUUGACGUGGACGAGCUGUGCGCGGUGCUGCCUGGCCGAGAGCGGCCUGUCGCUGCCGGUGAGCGGCUCGAUGCCCUCACCCUGGCUCCCUUCGAGGCCGCCGACACGGACCGCAGCGGCUCCGUCACCUUCCAGGAGCUCCGGGAGCAGCUGCGGCGUUUCCCGGAGCUGGUGGAGAACCUGAGCAUCAGUGGCUUUUCCAGCCGGGCAGAGAUGGGCUGCAGCUCUUCCCUGCGCAGCGCGGGCCCUUCCGACGGUGCCUUCCCGCAGCGGGGCUGGUGCGGGCCGAGGGGGCACCACGGGCCCUGGGAGUACCUGCUGCCGGCGCAGCACGGUCCCGGCCCCGGUCCCGGCGGCACGGUGGUGCUCUCGGGGCUGGUCCUGCAGCUGCUGCUCGCCACCACGCUCGCCUUCUCCAACGCCUGUGUCCGCAGGAGCGGCCACUUCGAGCUCUUCUACUGGACCCACCUCUGCUACGUCCCCGUCUGGGCCCUGCUGCUCCUCCACGGCCCCAACUUCUGGAAGUGGUUUGCGGUGCCCGGCUGCCUCUUCGUGCUGGAGCUGCGCAUCGUGGAGGUCGACCUGCUGCCCUCCAAAGUGACUCACCCGGUGAUUAAGAGGCCGCCGUCUUUCCGCUACAAGCCCGGGGACUGCGUCUACCUGAACGUCCCGGCCAUCGCCGCCUGCGAGCGGCACCCGCUCAGCAUCAGCAGCGCGCCCGAGCAGCCGGGCUCCCUCUGGCUGCGCGUCCGGGCGCUGGGGCGGUGGACCAGCCGCCUGCACCGGUAUUUCCAGCAGCUCGAGCCGCUCGGCCGCCGGGCCGAACCGCUCUCCGGAAAGCCGAGGUGCCGGCGCGGGGCGCGGGUCUGCUCCGCGCCGAGCAGCCGCCGGCUCUGCGACGUCAAGUGCUACCUCGAUGGCCCUUACGGGACCCCGACGCGGCGCAUCUUCUCCUCGGAGCACGCGGAGCUCAUCGGCGCCGGCAUCGGCAUCACCCCCUUCGCCUCGACUUUGCAGAGCAUCAUGUACAGGUACCGCGUGGGGAAGCAGAGCUGUCCCCGCCGGGGCCACUCGCGGUGCCAGGGCCCGAAGGACGAGGCCGUGGCGCUCAGGAAGGUGGACUUCAUCCGGAUAAGCCGGGACCAGCAGCACUUCGAGUGGCUCGUCAGCCUCCUGGCCAAGCUGGAGAGGGAGCAGGCCGAGGGGGAGCCGGGAGGGCGGUUUUUGGAGAUGCACCUGUACGUGACGGCGGCCCUGGGCAAGAACGACGUCAAGGCCGUCGGGCUGCGUGGGAAAGGUGGGGACGAGCGUCCCGGGAGGCUGCGUCCGGCCCGGAGCAGUGCCCGUCCUGCGCGCGGCGGCGUGGGGACCGUCCUCGGAGCCACAUCGGGAGGGCUCAGGGCUUGGGUGGCCUUGCACGUUGGGGUGCAGGGGGUGGGUGUCCUGGACCCCCGUGGGGUGGAGGGGGCAGGUGUCCUGGAGCACUUUGGGGUGGAGGAGGGCGUGUGA